AUGGGGUUCUCCGAAAAACCACGAAUAGAUGGAAGAUUAGAGAAUGAAGGGAAGAAAUGGGUGAAAACCGGCAUACCUUCAUUGGAACCAAUUAACACAAAACCAAGUGAAGAAGAAGCAACAGCAGCUUGUUCAACAACUCCAACUUCAAAAGAAUCAAAGAUAGCAGACAGAUUGCCUUGUCCCCUACCUCCAACAAGGCGUAAGCCUCCUUUAAGAUGCCACCGUAAUGGAGUUAGAGAGUUCUUUACUCCUCCUGAUUUUGAAGCACUUUUCAACUCCCAUUUUCACAAUGCCAUUCGACUUCCAAACUAG